AAAAAGUUAGAAAAUUCCUGCAAGAGUUUUAUUAUGAUGAUGAACUCGGAAAGAAGCAGUUCAAGUAUGGAACCCAGUUGGUUCAUCUGGCUCAUCGGGAACAAGUGGCAUUGUACGUGGACCUAGAUGAUGUUGCUGAAGAUGACCCUGAGCUGGUCGACUCAAUUUGUGAGAAUGCCAAACGCUACUCAAAGCUGUUUGCUGAUGUUGUACAAGAGCUUCUGCCUGAGUACAAGGAGAAGGAGGUGGUGAAUAAAGAUGUUCUGGAUGUUUACAUUGAGCACCGACUGAUGAUGGAGCAGCGGAGCAGAGACCCUGGGGCAGUCCGGAACCCUCAAAAUCAAUAUCCUUCUGAGCUGAUGCGUAGAUUUGAGUUGUAUUUCCAAGGCCCAAGUAGCAGCAAGCCUCGAGUGAUCCGAGAAGUGCGGGCUGAUUCUGUGGGGAAAUUGGUGACUGUUCGUGGGAUUGUCACUCGUGUCUCUGAAGUCAAACCUCGGAUGGUGGUGGCCACAUAUACUUGUGAUCAGUGUGGGGCAGAGACUUACCAGCCGAUCCAGUCUCCCACCUUCAUGCCUUUGAUAAUGUGUCCCAGCCAGGAGUGCCAAACCAACCGCUCAGGAGGGCGGCUUUACCUGCAGACUCGUGGUUCCAAAUUUAUUAAAUUCCAAGAAAUGAAGAUUCAAGAACAUAGUGAUCAAGUUCCUGUGGGAAACAUCCCUCGUAGCAUCACAGUGGUUUUACAAGGAGAGAAUACAAGGACUGCCCUGCCUGGUGACCAUGUCAGUGUCACUGGUAUCUUCUUGCCAGUCCUGCGUACAGGGUUCCAACAGAUGGCACAGGGUUUACUCUCAGAAACAUUCCUGGAAGCCCACCGGAUUGUGAAGAUGACUAAGAGUGAGGAUGAUGCAGCUGAGGCUGGAGAGCUGAGCGGGGAGGAACUAAAACAGAUUGCAGAAGAGGACUUCUAUGAAAAGCUGGCAGCUUCUAUUGCUCCAGAGAUCUAUGGGCACGAGGAUGUGAAGAAAGCACUGUUGCUGCUCCUGGUGGGUGGUGUGGACCAGUCUCCUCAAGGCAUGAAGAUCAGGGGAAACAUCCACAUCUGCCUUAUGGGAGACCCUGGUGUGGCCAAAUCUCAGCUCCUAUCUUACAUCGAUCGUCUGGCCCCCCGAAGUCAGUAUACAACAGGCCGGGGCUCCUCUGGAGUGGGGCUCACAGCGGCUGUACUGAGAGACUCUGUGAGUGGGGAACUGACCUUAGAGGGUGGAGCCCUGGUGCUGGCUGACCAGGGUGUGUGCUGUAUCGAUGAGUUUGACAAAAUGGCCGAAGCUGACCGCACAGCCAUCCAUGAGGUCAUGGAACAACAGACCAUCUCCAUUGCCAAAGCAGGGAUUCUCACCACACUCAAUGCCCGGUGCUCUAUCCUGGCUGCUGCCAACCCUGCCUAUGGGCGAUACAACCCCCGCCGAAGCCUGGAGCAGAACAUACAGCUUCCUGCUGCUCUGCUUUCCCGAUUCGACCUUUUAUGGCUGAUUCAGGACCGGCCUGACCGAGAUAAUGACCUCCGGUUGGCCCAGCACAUCACCUAUGUCCACCAGCACAGCCGGCAGCCCCCUGCCCAGUUUGAACCUUUGGACAUGAAGCUUAUGAGACGGUACAUAGCCAUGUGCCGAGAGAGGCAGCCUACCGUGCCUGAAUCUCUGGCUGACUACAUCACAGCAGCAUAUGUAGAGAUGAGGCGAGAGGCCCGGGCCAGUAAGGAUGCCACCUAUACUUCUGCCCGGACCCUACUGGCCAUUCUUCGACUUUCUACUGCUCUGGCUCGCCUCCGUAUGGUGGACAUUGUGGAAAAAGAAGAUGUAAAUGAAGCCAUAAGGUUGAUGGAGAUGUCAAAGGACUCACUUCUAGGUGAAAAGGGACAAACAGCUAGGACCCAGAGGCCAGCAGAUGUGAUAUUUGCCACAGUUCGUGAAUUGGUCUCAGGGGGACGAAGUGUCCGGUUUUCUGAGGCUGAGCAGCGCUGCAUAUCACGUGGUUUCACACCAGCCCAAUUCCAGGCAGCUCUGGAUGAAUAUGAGGAGCUAAAUGUCUGGCAGGUCAAUACUUCUCGGACACGCAUCACUUUUGUCUGAUGACCAGCUUUGAGGUUCACCCUUUGUCUGACGACCAGCUUUUAAGGCCCUGCUGCGCACCCCAUAGCAUUUGCUGGAUGCCCCAAAGGAACAGAUCGAAUUUUCCCAUACUGCACUUUUUUGUUUGUUAAUAAAAUGUUUUGACUUUGG